UGACAUUGACAGUAAAAUAAAACUGCAUAAGUUCAACUAAGGUGACCGAUGUUGCUAAGCUGUUUUGGUAAACAGUGAAACACGAGGCAGACGGCUUCUCUGUGGUUAGCUCUUGACUAAGAGCAGACGACGGGUAUCGAAAAGGUUCAGCCAAUCAUCAGCAGUACUAGUGUCAGUACGUUCAACGGGCUACAUAUAUUUGAUGAAAAUAUCUUUCCCCUGCAGAAAGUGGUUUGAUAUCAGCGAUGCAUCGCAGAAGCGGACGGCGAGAUGUGAGUCCAGUGCGAAAUCGGGAAUCCCGGCGCUACGGACCUCACAAGAUUUCGUACAGAAUAUUAACGGAACUCAAAUACUGGCGAAAGUAUUACCUGUACAACGACCAAUUUGAUAUCUGUGAUAUACCUACAUAUAAACCGUACAAAAAGUUCCUGGACGAUGAAAGCCUCUGGGGAGAAGUUAACACCGAUGAUGAGGACAAUGCGGAUGAGGAGGAGAUCAAAAACGAGAUUCAUGUGACAGAGAUCAAUCUGAAUAUCGUCCAAAAUGCCUCCAAUCACCAUACCAGUGACUACAAAUGCCUUAAAGAGCGAACUGUUGAUGGGAAGAAAGAGUAUGCUACCCUAGUGGUCAGACGUGGACAGCUUUUCAGCAUCGAUAUGACUUUUAAUAGAGAGUACGAUGCAAAGAAGCAUGACCUCAAGCUGCAGUUUAAAAGCGGGCUUGACCCGUCCCCGCUACGAGGUACGGAAAUAACAAUCAUGGUGGACGAAAAUUUGAACAAGUUCGAUAACAGCGGUAAGUGGCAGGCCCGAGUGGCAAAUAAGAUGCCAAAUACUAAACUGGAAAUCGAGGUGUUGCCGCCUGUCAAGUGUGUGAUAGGGGAAUGGGACCUCCACGUCUACACCAUAUCUAAGGACAAGCGAGGGACGUCCAAACAACUUCACCGCAAACACGAUGAGGACAUCAUCAUCUUGUUCAACCCCUGGUGUAAAGAGGAUGAAGUGUACUUCCCGGUUGACCCCGAUUACGAGAUAGAUGUUGACCCCAGAGAGGAGUACGUGUUGAAUCCCGUUGGUAGUGUAUACAGAACAGGGCAGCGUGGCCUGGCCUGGAGAUUCGGGCAGUUUGACGACGAUAUUGUGCAAAUCUGCCUGAUGUUGGUGAGGAGAUAUUUCCGUGGCAUCGUCAACCAGAAGAUGGGAGACGCUGGUCAGGUCGCCAGGGCCAUAUCCUCGAUGGUUAACUCCAACAACAUAGAUGGGGUGUUAGUUGGCAAAUGGGGCGCACCCUACGACGAUGGCGUUAAACCAUGGAACUGGACAGGGAGUACCAAGAUUCUGAAACAGUAUCAUAAAGAAGAGCGACCGGUCAAAUUCGGCCAAUGCUGGGUGUUUUCCGGAGUCACAGUUACAGUUUGUAGAGCCCUCGGGAUUCCCUGCAGAAGUGUCACCAAUUACAAUUCUGCCCAUGACACCGACCGAACAAAUGAGAUUGAAUAUCUCAUAGCGAGCGAUGGGGAAAAAAGUGCAUUACGUGGUGACAGUGUUUGGUGAGUAGUUACUUCAUAG